UUAAUUGUUUUUUUAAACAAUCUGGAACAAAGCGACUGAAAAUUCGAAACGAGACGACCAUAACAAAUCUUUAGCCCGAAAACGAGAUUAUUAAUUGGGGAUGCAAUAUGGCGGGUGCUCUUGCAGGAAGGAUUGCACUCGUUACAGGAGCUGCCAGUGGUAUAGGGAAAUCAGUUUGCCAGCUUUUCGCUAAAGAAGGUGCAACUGUGAUUGGUGCAGGUUUAGGUGAUGUAUCGCAAACUGCUAAAGAAUUGCCAUCCAUGCACGGGCAAGAACACUUGGGUAUUGAAAUGAAUGUUGCAGUUGAGGCAGAUGUAGGAAACAUGAUGAAAGAUAUAAUGAAGGUGUAUGACAGACCACCAUGCAUUGCAGUUAAUUGUGCAGGCAUAACACGAGAUGCGUUUAUUUUAAAAUUGACUGAGAAGGAUUUUGAUGAUGUUUUAGAUGUAAACUUAAAGGGUACAUUUUUCGUAACAAAACAUUUGUGUUCGUUGCUGAUCAAGAAUAAAAUUUCACCAGCUUCUAUAAUAAAUAUUUCAAGUAUUGUGGGGAAGGUUGGAAAUAUUGGCCAAGCAAAUUACACAUCCUCAAAGGCUGGUGUUGUUGCUUUAACAAAAACAUCUGCAAUGGAGUUUGCCAGGUAUGGAAUUCGAUGUAACGCUGUAAUACCAGGUUUUAUUGAGACUGCCAUGACGGAGAAAGUCCCGCAGUCGGUCCAAGACGGUGUCAAGUCUAUGAUACCAUUGGGAGAUUUUGGUCAACCUGAAGACAUAGCGGAUGCGUGUUUAUUUUUAGCAUCAGAGCAAAGUCGAUACAUCACUGCAGCUGGUCUUGAAGUCACAGGUGGACUUGGUGCAUGACCAAAAAAUGGAGACGCGUGAAAAUAAUAGAACUAUUUUUAUCAAUAACAAAUUGUUUAUUAAAUCUGUAAAAUUUUCAAUAUUAAUGGACCGUGUACAGCGUUUGCACUAUAGCUCUUUGUUUUUUAUGAUGAAUGGUUCAUCUAUAUGUGCGAAACCUGAAAAAUUAGUGACUUUAUAACUAAAUUAUUUUAUUUUUAAUUUUUAAAACCUGCUUUCUGCCAGUCACAUCAAAAGCACCAAGGCACCUCUGUUUCUUACAAGUUAUAAGUGAAUAUGAAAACUGCAUUAACGAUAUGUUCUCCUCCACACGGGUUUUGCGGAAAUGAAUUCUGUUAUGUAAAAACGACAAUUGAUGUGAUCUUUUUUUUAAGGUGUAAUGAUGUCUGAAUCUGUUUAUUCCCGACUUCACAAAUUUAACUGAAAGGAGAGACAAAUGACCCAUAAAGGGCACGUAGAAAGAAAUCAA